AUGGCGAGCUCAACGCAAGUCUACACCACUGUGACAACGACACAUUGGUACGUUAACGGCCAAAAAGGAUCGAAGGUCUAUGAGUUGGCUCCCCAGACGACGCCCUUUUCUGCCACAGACAGUGUCUGCUCUAUCGUGCCCAAGGGAAUCCGGUGCGAAGAGAGAGCAAACGAAGUGGUGCCACGGAAUGUUUGCUGGGGGCUUCAAUUCGUGGAGGAAACAAGAACGUGGUUCCCGACACAAUGCUUCCCAAAGUCAUACACUGAUAUCUACAAACCCUUCAAGGACUUCAGCGACCUGGUCACUUUGGCUUACCCAGGAACAGCUUGUAUCAGCGAUUGGACGUCGGCAUGUCUCACCACGUUGGAUUUAACUAACUCACAGCGAUACAUUCAAAAGUGGUGUUGUCCGCCCGGUUGGGACUGUUACACGCAACCUGAAGGUGACAGUGUGACUCGCGACUGCUAUAGCGUCGUCAGUACGCCGACCGACAUCUGGUUCUAUCCCAUCGUGACGACGGGAAAGAGCGAUCGUACCAUUACGACGUCGUGGACGAAGGUGCCUCUGACAGAUCUCCCGAACCAAGGUCCAAUUGAAGUUCAUCACCCCGUCUUUCCGCUCGAGGUGCGCGUUCCGAUUCAAGACGACAAAACAGAAGCCUCUGGCCUGUCAACAGGAGCGAUCGCCGGGACAGCUGUUGGCGUCUUUGUUGUAGCUCUUGCUCUCGUCGGUGGCGGGCUGUUCGUAUGCCUGCGCAAAAGGAAGCAAAAAAGAGAAGCAAGAAUCUCGCAGAUUGCUGCCGGAGAGAGAGACAUCCACCAACAUGGCUACGAUAACAAGCAGGAACUCUCAGGGGAUCACGCCUUUGAGACCAUAGAGCUGAGCAAGACAUCACCGCCCCCAGUCGAAUUAUCAUCACGAACUCGUCCUGCAGAAAUAGAGGGAACAGUUCGCCCUGUUGAGCUGGCGUGA